AUGUCAAUACGUUUUCCACAGCCACUAAUUGAGAGAGGAGGUCAAUCAAUUCUACUUUAUGAUUCUAGAAAUGUUAGAAUACACGAUAAUAAACCAGUUUUUGUGUUUGCACAUCCAUAUAUGCUUCAACAACUUGCUGCCCAAUCAAUAUGGGCAAUUGGAUCAACCUUCAAAUCAGCCCCAAAACCAUUUAAACAAUGCUUUAUUAUUGGUGCAAUAUUCAGAAAUCAAUUAAUAAUAGCUGCACAUGCCCUUUUACCUGAACAUUCUGAAGAAUUUUAUAGUGAGGCUUUGGAAGCGAUUUCUAAUGCGGUGGAGCCGGCAAAGCCUCGAAAAAGUUGCAUUUUAAAAAUUGUGGUUUUUGGUGUAGUUGGUUAUGUGUAG